GGAGUGUUCACGUGAACCCCGCGUGGGGUUUGGAGAGCAGGCGGAGCUCGGGGAGAGGGGCGCGCGCGGGCGGGCAGCUUCAGGUGUUUCGGGCCGCGAGCCGCUCAGGAGCCUGUCGGACCCGCAGAUGAUCCUCCGGACCUGCAGCAGCUCCCCGGCCCCCCCCAGUCCGACAUGCCGAUCGACGUGACCAUACCCCUCUACCUGUCCAAUGAGGACUUCAGCUUCGUGGCCGCUCCCAACAGCCAGAAGGCGCCACGGAGCUCCUGUCCGGACGUCCGGCAGCUGGACGAUGAUGGGGAGGCGGUGCCUGCUGCCGGCGGGACCGGCGCCACCAAGACCAAGAAGCGGGUGACGUUUGCCGACAGCAAAGGCCUGGCUCUGACCAGCGUGAAGGUGUUCUCCCAGUUCACUGACCCCAUCGACAUCCCCGCCAGCAUCCAGGACAUGCUGAGGGCGCCGCCCACGCUGACCCCCGAGGACAGCAGGCUGGUGCUGGACUUCCCCCAGCCCUCCUCGGACUACCUGCUGUUCCGCCAGAACCUGGAGGCCAACCAGGUGAGCCUGGAGCACUGCGUCCUGAAGGAGAAGGCCUUCGCCGGCACCAUCAAGGUCAAGAACGUGUCGUACGAGAAGGCGGUGACGCUGCGGGUGACCUUUGACUCGUGGAAGAGCCACCUGGACGUGGCGUGCCAGUACAUGAAGGACGCCUACCCCAGCUCCUACAGCGACACCUUCUGCUACGAGGUGGCCCUCCCCGCAGAGCUGCCGCCUCACCAGCACGUGGAGUUUGCAGUCUGCUAUGAGGUGGGCGGGGCUAAGCACUGGGACAGCAACCAGGGCAGGAACUACUGCAUCGUCCGCUCUCACGUGAAGAGCGGCCGCCACGCCGACCGCCGCAUGGAGAUGCACUUCGACCGCUACGGCAGCCCCACCUGCUCGCAUGGCCUCUUCCCUGAUUGGCCGAGCUACGCCGGCUUUGAGGACGUGGGCCCGUACUACUGAGCGCGGGUCUCUUUGCAGCUGCCGGAAGCCCCGCCCACUCUGUAGGAAGGCUGGUGUUUGGAGGGUGGAGCCUGAAGGUCCAGAACACAAACCGGUUGUGAUGCUCCAAAACUGAACAAUCAUUCUGGGUCGGAGGGGGCAAGAAGAAGGGCCCCCUGUACCCCCCCUCCAUUUGGAAGGGGGAGGGGCAUGCAGUG